GGACCACUGGGCAAACCCGGUCUUCCUGGCAUGCCUGGUGCAGAUGGUCCUCCGGGUCAUCCUGGCAAGGAGGGUCCUCCUGGAGAGAAGGGGAGUCAGGGUCCACCAGGUCCUCAGGGCCCCAUCGGUUAUCCAGGACCACGCGGAGUCAAGGGAGCAGAUGGUGUUCGUGGAUUGAAGGGCACUAAAGGUGAAAAGGGUGAAGAUGGCUUCCCUGGCUUCAAGGGUGACAUGGGCAUCAAAGGAGACCGGGGGGAAAUCGGACCUCCUGGCCCCCGAGGUGAGGAUGGUCCUGAAGGUCCCAAAGGUCGCUCUGGCCCCAAUGGAGAUCCCGGUCCUCUUGGUCCUGCUGGAGAGAAGGGAAAACUCGGCGUGCCAGGACUGCCCGGCUACCCGGGCAGGCAGGGCCCAAAGGGCUCAAUCGGCUUCCCAGGAUUUCCAGGAGCCAACGGAGAGAAGGGCACACGGGGGACACCUGGCAAACCAGGUCCAAGGGGGCAGCGCGGUCCAACGGGUCCACGUGGGGAAAGAGGCCCUAGGGGAAGCACUGGGAAACCCGGCCCAAAGGGCAACUCUGGUGGUGACGGCCCCCCUGGUCCUCCUGGCGAAAGGGGACCACCAGGGCCUCAAGGACCGACUGGAUUUCCUGGACCAAAAGGCCCCCCUGGUCCUCCUGGGAAGGAUGGAUUGCCUGGUCACCCCGGACAGAGAGGAGAAACUGGUUUCCAAGGCAAGACUGGCCCUCCAGGACCACCUGGUGUCGUAGGCCCUCAGGGUCCAACUGGUGAAACUGGGCCAAUGGGUGAGCGAGGACAUCCAGGCCCUCCAGGUCCUCCAGGUGAACAAGGUCUCCCUGGCCUCACUGGAAAAGAAGGGACUAAGGGGGACCCUGGUCCCGCCGGCCUCCCGGGAAAGGACGGUCCCCCGGGCUUGCGAGGCUUCCCUGGAGAGAGAGGUCUCCCUGGCCCCAUCGGUGCUCCAGGGCUGAAAGGCAACGAAGGUCCCCCAGGUCCCCCCGGUCCAGCAGGCUCUCCCGGUGAGCGUGGGCCCGCGGGAUCAGCCGGCCCCAUAGGCUUGCCAGGGCGACCUGGUCCCCAGGGACCUCCAGGACCUGCAGGUGAAAAGGGAGCCCCAGGCGAGAAGGGUCCUCAAGGACCAGCUGGCCGGGACGGCAUCCAGGGCCCCGUGGGACUACCGGGUCCAGCAGGUCCUGUGGGCCCCCCCGGAGAGGAUGGAGACAAGGGCGAGAUCGGGGAGCCUGGCCAGAAGGGCAGCAAGGGCGACAAGGGAGAGCAGGGUCCACCAGGUCCUACCGGCCCACAGGGUCCCAUCGGUCAGCCUGGCCCAGCUGGUGCCGAUGGAGAGCCGGGUCCCAGAGGACAGCAAGGCCUCUUUGGUCAGAAAGGUGAUGAAGGGCCCCGAGGUUUCCCCGGUCCCCCUGGCCCAGUGGGCUUGCAGGGCUUGCCUGGACCACCUGGUGAGAAGGGAGAGACAGGUGAUGUUGGGCAAAUGGGCCCGCCAGGCCCACCUGGACCCAGAGGUCCAUCUGGACCACCAGGAGCAGAUGGUCCACAAGGUCCUCCCGGGGGAAUAGGAAAUCCUGGUGCCGUAGGAGAGAAGGGUGAACCUGGUGAAUCUGGUGAGCCUGGUCUUCCCGGCGAGGUUGGCCUUCCGGGUCCUAAAGGUGAAAGAGGUGAAAAAGGUGAAGCAGGUCCCUCGGGUGCUGCUGGUCCACCUGGCCCCAAAGGUCCACCAGGCGAUGACGGCCCCAAAGGCAGCCCUGGUCCAGUUGGUUUUCCCGGUGACCCUGGUCCUCCUGGAGAACCUGGUCCAGCUGGUCAGGAUGGUCCCCCUGGUGACAAAGGUGAUGAUGGCGAACCUGGGCAGACUGGUUCCCCUGGUCCCACCGGAGAGCCGGGCCCCUCCGGACCCCCAGGAAAAAGGGGCCCUCCUGGUCCUGCUGGUCCCGAAGGAAGACAAGGAGAGAAAGGAGCCAAGGGUGAAGCUGGUUUGGAAGGACCUCCUGGGAAGACUGGCCCCAUUGGUCCUCAAGGUGCUCCAGGGAAGCCCGGCCCUGAUGGCCUCCGAGGAAUUCCUGGUCCAGUCGGUGAACAAGGUCUCCCAGGAUCCCCUGGUCCAGAUGGUCCUCCAGGCCCAAUGGGCCCACCAGGUUUGCCUGGUCUUAAAGGAGACUCUGGUCCUAAAGGAGAGAAGGGUCAUCCAGGUUUAAUUGGUCUUAUUGGACCACCGGGAGAGCAGGGAGAAAAGGGUGACAGAGGUCUCCCAGGCCCCCAGGGCUCAGCAGGACCCAAAGGAGAGCAGGGUAUCACGGGUCCUUCUGGACCAAUUGGACCUCCAGGGCCACCAGGAUUACCGGGUCCACCUGGUCCCAAAGGUGCUAAAGGAUCAUCAGGUCCAACAGGUCCAAAGGGUGAAUCGGGUCUUCCUGGGCCCCCAGGGCCUCCUGGUCCUCCUGGAGAAGUCAUCCAGCCGCUGCCCAUCCAGGCUUCCAAGAGGACCAGGCGAAAUAUUGACGCCAGCCAGCUGGUGGACGAUGGAAAUGCCGACAACUACAUGGACUAUGCAGAUGGCAUGGAGGAAAUUUUCGGCUCACUGAAUUCCUUGAAACUGGAAAUUGAGCAAAUGAAGCAUCCAUUGGGCACUCAACAUAACCCAGCACGGACCUGCAAGGAUCUGCAGCUCUGUCACCCCGAUUUCCCAGAUGGUGAAUACUGGGUUGAUCCUAACCAGGGAUGUUCCAGGGACUCUUUCAAAGUUUACUGUAAUUUCACAGCUGGUGGAGAGACUUGCAUCUUCCCUGAUAAGAAGUCUGAAGGAGCUAGAAUUACUUCUUGGCCAAAGGAAAACCCGGGCUCCUGGUUCAGUGAAUUCAAGCGCGGUAAACUGCUCUCCUACGUGGAUUCGGACGGGAACCCCAUCGGAGUGGUGCAGAUGACUUUCCUCCGGCUCCUGAGCGCCUCGGCCCACCAGAACAUCACUUACAACUGCUACCAGUCUGUAGCCUGGCACGAUGCCACCACCGACAGCUACGACAAGGCCAUCCGCUUCCUGGGCUCCAACGACGAGGAGAUGUCCUACGACAACAACCCCUACAUCCGAGCCGCCCUGGACGGCUGUGCGGCAAAGAAGGGCUAUCAGAAGACUAUCCUGGAAAUCAACACGCCCAAAGUAGAGCAAGUACCUAUAGUCGACAUCAUGUUCAAUGACUUCGGAGAAGCGUCACAGAAAUUUGGAUUCGAGGUGGGACCGGCUUGCUUCAUGGGCUAAGAGCCACCUGAAAACUAGUCUCCAAAUGAGCAACCUCGUAACCUCAUUGCGCCAUUUAAUUAAUUAAAAAGAGGAAAAAAAAAGAAAAAAAGA